UUACACGAUGAUAGUGAUACAAAAAAUAAUAAUAUUUUUAAAAAACCUGAAACACAGUGGGUGGAUAUGGUAAAGUGCACGUGUCUUGUCCUGAUUCGUAGAUGUACGCUGAACAGAUUACGCAAAGGCAAAAGUCCGGUUUUGCAUUCCACCAUCCCUGCAAACGCUUCUGAGGUUUAAAUGGUUGCAUCCACUGCCAUGACUACUUUGUAAUGUCCAUUCAAUAACAUGUUUUGAGAUUUUGUUUGAGAAAACAUGUCACUGGUUGCCAAUGUCAUUCCCCGGCAGAAUAUUCUGCAUACCAACUCAUUUCUCAGUGUGAGAUUAGAUCUGUACUUAAACAAACCACUUCUGUCUAAAAUUUCCCACUUAGUUUUCAGCUCAGUUCGUAACUACGGUCAUGAAAAACUAUAUCUUGGUGGGAUAAGAAUUGAACCUGUUAUGAAAAUCGGACACGAUUUCUUCCCUGGUAAAAUUGGAGUUGCUGUCGACGAGUAUCAACAAGAUGUGCCUGAUGAAGACGAUGAUGUGUGUCCGGUUGAAUGUGUGAGAGAAUUCAAGACUGAUGAAGAGUUCAUUAGAAUUUUAGAAAAGUCUAAAGGGACUGAUACUCUGGUUGUGGUGGAUUUCUUCCGAACCUCUUGUGGAAGUUGCAGGUAUAUAGAACAAGGUUUUGCAAAGUUGUGCAAGAAAUCUGGUAGCCAUGAUGCUCCUGUUAUGUUUCUAAAGCAUAAUGUAAUUGAUGAGUAUGAUGAAGAAUCCGAGGUUGCCGAUCGACUUAGAAUCAGGGCAGUACCUCUCUUCCACUUCUACAAAGAUGGGAAAUUGUUGGAAGCAUUCCCAACCAGAGAUAAAGAAAGGAUUAUUGCUGCCAUCCUCAAGUACUCGUCUCUUGAAGCAGAAGAUAUUUUGAGCUAAAUUCAAGCUCAAGAGAUGGUGUCACGGCACCCUUGCGACUGUCGUAUGGAUAAAUUGGUCUUUGUGUGCAACAACAUUCUGUAUUUAUACUUGGAAUAAAAUACUGUAGUCCUCCUCUCAGCCUGAUUCACUUUGUUGGGAAGUAUCCAGUGGAGUUUUUAAUGUCCAUCUCCACUAGACAUUAUAAAAGAAAAGGAGUAAUACCCUUGAAUGGUUGCAAAUACUAGUAAGAUGAGUCUGGCUGUUAAAGUGAUUCAAAACUCAAUUGAGUACAUGUAAAUUUGAUUUCAUUUAUGUUGAAAAUAAAAUAGAUAUUUUGAUUAGCUUUUUAAA